GGGGCACUCGCAGAGCUUGAGGAUGAUCAAGUCAACUUCAACGCAGAUUCAGGAAUGGUUCACUGGUUGUGGCCAAUAACUGGGCAUAGAUUCAUACAGUGAGCGAACUUUCCGACCCUGCUGCUAUGCGCAAGUCGAGCAUUUGCGGCUGAAUCCGGUUGCCAGAAACUGUAGAUCUGCCUAAAAGCAUUUCUUUGUCACAGUAAGCUCUAACAUGGCAGCACCGUGGCGUCGACUUUGCAACGUCGUCCGUGGUUCCAAUAUAUCUCAUGAAAGGAUCAAGGAGAGUAGCAGCAUAAAGGUGCACAGCAUGACAUUCCAGGAUCUUAGCAGCUCCUUUGGUUUCAAUGAAAGUGGGCUGGAAGAUGCAAGACCAAACCAAAGCCAGAGCCAGAGCCGGAGCCAAAGCCAAAGCCAAAGCCCUGGCUACAACAAGGACAACCAGUAUCAAGCUCCUCCUCCGAACCCAAUACCCAAUAGACCUUUGAGAGGUCGUCAACAAUCUCAACGCAUAGAAGGGAACAAUGGGCCUAAUUUUAGAGGAGAAAGAGUGAGAAGAGAUCGAUCCGAUGAUAGUUUCUUGGAAAAAUUUAAGCUGAGUUUUGACAAGAGGGAUAAGCCCGAGGGAGAUGCAGCAAGUGCAACUAUCAAGUUGUCUCAGGAAGAAAAUAAAGCAAAUUCUAACCAAAUGGCAACCGAAGGCCAGCCGCCACUCCCAGAAGAUGCUGAUCAGAUAUUCAAGAAAAUGAAGGAGACGGGUCUAAUUCCAAAUGCAGUGGCGAUGCUUGAUGGUCUUUGCAAAGAUGGGUUGGUCCAGGAAGCAAUGAAGCUUUUUGGUCUGAUGCGGGAGAAGGGUUCUAUUCCAGAAGUUGUUAUAUACACAGCUGUUGUUGAAGGGUUUUGCAAGGCCCAAAAGUUUGACGAUGCGAAGAGGAUUUUCAGGAAGAUGCAGAAUAACGGGAUUACUCCAAAUGCAUUCAGCUUUACCGUGCUAAUACAAGGUUUAUACAGAUGUGACAGAUUGGAGGACGCUCUUGAGUUCUGCGAGGAGAUGAUUGAUGCCGGUCAUUCUCCCAAUGUGACUACUUUCGUGGGGUUGGUGAAUGGGGUGUGUAAGGAGAAGGGUGUUGAAGAAGCUCAAAUCAUUAUCGGCAGGCUCCGGGAGAAGGGAUAUGUAAUUAACGAGAAAGCUGUCAGAGAAUUCUUGGAGAAGAAGGCUCCAUUCUCAUCCAUGGUCUGGGAGGCAAUCUUUGGGAAGAAACAGUCGCAUAACUUAUUCUGAUUGAUUUCGCUUGAUAGGCCUGAGCUGGACUUGGCAGUUAUGGAAUUAAAUCUGUUAUGAAAAGCAUUGUCAUAUAGGACUUCUAUUUUGUCUAACAUGGCAGAACAAAUCUGCCUGCUUCCUUUAGUGGUAGCCGUUUUCGAAAAGUAGCAUAGUAUUGUGAUAGAUGAUCCACUUGCUUGGUUUCAAUUUAUCUUUCUAUUUCCAUGUG